GACAGAACACACUAUAUAAAAGUAGUGUUGGAAGGAUGACAGACACCGUUCACCUGACGAACCAUUCACCUGACGAACCAUUCACCUGAAGAACGAUUCACCUGGCCGCCUGAUCCACACUCUGAAAAAUGGCAAAUGCAAAUCCAGAGCAACCUGAAGAGUUUAACAUCCAACAAAGAACGAAUUCACGUGGAAUAGAUGAGAACUACAUCACUGGGCAGCAUGUGAGUUUAGAGAGACUGAAAGAGCGAAUGGAGGUCGUUAUCCCUCAGGAUCACAUGAUGAAGUACUUAAUGAGGGAGAUCCCACCCUACCCAACUCCAGUUGUAUUUGGGGUUUCAGAUGUAGCCCAUGUUACUGCAGAGACAGGAUACAAGGGGAUAAUGGAGUCUGAGCAGUUCAGACCUCCUAAUAUUGAGUUCUUAUGGUGGGACUUAAAAAUUAAAGAAGAGGAGAUAAGAGCAGCAGAGACAGGCUACAUGAAGACUAAUUUUCUAAAACAAGCACUAGAGUUAACAGAACAGAAGCCGUUCCUGGAGAAGUUCACCACAUCACCUAUCUUUCAACUAGAGAAAUCCUGCUACGGCAAUUAUCGCUUCACGUUUCCCCUCACUGAUCUGAUGAAGUGGUACAAAGAACAGAACUGUGGGGGAGAAGAGCCGGUUCUCAGGAUGUACGAGACCAACACUUACAAAAAGGAGAUUGAGUACACUGUGCUGAUUCACAGUCCUGAGGAUAACGAGCGUUUUAGAGAAUAUCCACUUAUUGAAGCGAGUGAGUGGGUUCGUUAUCAGGAUGGGAAGAUCAUCUGGAAAGCACAAGCCAUUUGUAAAAAACACUGCUAUCAAUUUGUUUCAGGAGAAGUACAAAGUCCGAUUCCUCAUGUGUCUUAUGUCUGGGAUCAGGUUAGUUUAGUUUUUCAUCUACCAAAACCUAAAGCCCUGAAAAUCCCCACAGAGCGACUUAAAGAAGCUAUCGAGGAAUGUGAAUUUGAUUGGAACAGAGGUCUCUUAAAGGACAAAGGUUGGAAUGCUGAAUGGAAGCAAAGGAGAAAGUGAUUAAAUUGAAAAGAGAGUUGAAAGAGGAAAACAAAGAAGAAAAGGAUGAAGAUGAAGCAAACCAGUGAAAUGUAUUCAUGGGUAAUAUUUUGUAGAACUGGUCACCCUACAAUAUUACAUGUUUAUAUCUAACUUCUAUAAAUUGUGAAAAGAUUACACUAUUUUAAUGCAUCUAUUUGUUUUAAUUCUCAAAAAUGAAAAUCCUUUAAAAUAUUCACAUUAUUAUUAAUUUCUCUGAUUGUUAAUCUUGAUCUUAACUUUUUUGAUGAUGUAAUCUAUGUAAAUCAAAGAAGGAGAACAAUAAAAAAAAAAGGUAUUUAAGAUCAUGAACAGCCUCAGUGAGUUGCUGUAUUUCUGUAACUUUUACACAGACCUUUAACAGAAGCUCUAACACUGUAAAAUAAGGUUUUA